AUGAUGGCUUCCUUAGCUGAGAAAGUUCAGGAAGUACGUUCUAAUAUUGAUUCUAUUUCUCCUUCCACAGUUAUUCUAAUAAAUGAGAUCCUGCUACCCGAAGAGCCCCAACAACCAAACGCACGGGCAAAAUCGGCAUCCGCUUCAACCAAAGGUAGCCGAACCCUCGCAGCGAAUCCACGAGCGAAAGAUACAGGCACGAAAACAAGAACGAUUGAAAGUCAAAAUGUACUAUCUGUGAAGGAAAGGUCGAUAUUGGCAUCCGAAGUAAUAAAUGCGACUCUCAAGUCAUUAAGUGAAGCGAUAAAGACUCAACCAUCAAACUUUACACAUGGGAAAAAUAUAGUGCAAACAGGAACGAUAUCCAAACGAAAUAGUUCUCGUAGAUCCAGCUUGGUUCAGGCGCAUUCGCAGGUAAAAAAUAUAGACGCCACGUCUAAUUGGGAAGGAAAUCACCCCCAUCUGAGAUCAAUUGCCGAAUGUGCGAGGCUCGCAUUCGCUUGCCUCCGUAAUUUGGAAGCUACAAAAACACGAUGCCUAAAUCUGCAGCCUAUGCAACUCGAAAACGGAAUGUCAGUCCUGACUGGGAAGCUUAUAUCUUUAGGAAUGAACGACCUUGCAAUUAAAGAGCUCAGGGUCUUAAAACUUCGUUUGAUCGGAAAAGAUGAAGUGAACAGAAGAAUUGCUAUCAAAGCUUCAAACACUAUUUCUUCUGGAAUUCCUCUCAUAGAUUUGCUAGAUUUCGGCAAACUAAAUUCUACUGGUCUUAAUCUAGGAAUAGUAAUAUCAACCCAACUACAGACCCUCAGGCUGAUUUCAUUUUGCAAGAAGAGAAAGAUUAUUGAGCUAGCUCUCCCAUUAUUACAACCUUCAAAUUCUACUUCCUUAACAAACCACUUAUUAGUCGCAUCCAAGCUCACUGAAGACCCUAAAGAGAAGGAGAAGCUAGUUAGACAAAUUCGCAAUUUCUCCGAAAUCCUACUUUCGCUCUGCCCAAGCGUUUCUAUUGCCAGCGACGCCAUAGCUAUUCAGUCAAAGGUCAAUCCAUCUCCAGAAUUUGCAUUUCAAUACCAGACACUAGCAAUCCAUGCUCGAUAUUUGUGGUGGCAUGUUGCUGGACAUAAAGGAGAUGCAUCGAAGGAUCUAUUCCAAACUUUCCUUCGAUGUCUCUCUACAUUUGCACGUCGUAAUCAAGCUUCUCCAUCAGAGGCAUUCUCUUUGGCCAUUCAGAGUUAUGAUAGUCUAGAGGAAAUCAAGGAAAUGAGUUAUACUUCCUUCUACUCAGAGUCUCUUGACCUAGUAUUAGCUGGCAUCUACAAGCUAAUAUCUUCACUCGCUAAAGAUGCUAAUCAUAUCGACACUGCUAUUGAAUGGGCAAACAAGGCAUAUCAGUUAUUAAAGUCAGUCAAAUCCUCAAGUGCGAAAAUUUAUAGUGCUCUCGCUCGACUUGUGUCUCUUCGUCUUCAGGCAUCUUCACGAGGAUUUUCGGAUAAAGCAGAUUUCCUCAAUUUCCUCGAAUGUUUAGAACGCCCUUUUAAAGGUCACCACACAGAUGUAGAUGAUUUAAUGAAUGAAAUCUCUCAGGCCAGAAGGGCAGCUCUAAAUUUCAUCCUGAAGCAGACUAGCUUAUCCAGUACAGAUGAAAAAGCAAGCACAGGUCUGGUAAAAUUGUGUGAAUCUCUCAUUUUUUUAUGUCCUCGGCUAUCGCACAGAUAUCUCAACAACUUACCUGACAUAAAUUCUACCGCUCAAGUUGAAAGAUAUGAGGAGAAGAAGCGCUUCAUUUUCAAGAUUUCUAUUCACGCAAUAGACUCUGCUCUAUUCCUCGAAAAGUCCUUCAUGGGACAAGAAAUAUCUAUUUGGGAAACUGUAGACCCUAGGCUGCAAGAUUGUCUUAAGUUACUCGACAAAUUUAACUUCGCUUCAUACGAAAAAACAGAGCAAGACGCAACACUUAUCCCUUCACAAUCAUACUAUGUUCGGAUUUCAAAUCUUUACUACACAUAUUUUCAAAAUUAUUGGAAAAGUCAAAAUUGCAAGGAAGAUAAAAGCUCCAUAAGAGCCCUACGGCGCUCAGUUGAAUGUAUUAAAGCUCGACCAUUGAGGGAAAAAAACGCUGCAUUCUUUACAGCAAAACUAGAACGACUCGCUGAGGUGUGCAAGGAUACUGGUCGACAAGAAGAGCUUUUGCAAACACUUUAUGUACUUCAUGAUGAAAUGAUCAACGAUGGUACUUUUUCUAUUGUUUUGGGCCGCGCCUCUACUGGAUCUCUCAAAGAUGCUUGGAAUGCUACCCGCCAGACAAUUAUGCUAGGUCGAACAAUCCACUCCAUUAUCAAAGUUCAACUCAAAUGCGCAAAAUCAGCCUCCCAAAUAGCAUUGUAUAAAAUAUCACUUUCGUUGGAGGAACGAGCGAUUGUAAUGGAACAUGAACUGGAAUACCUAUCCAAGCAACCUACCUCAAACUCUUCCACAACAAAUGAAAUCCAGCAUAAGAUUUUUCAGGAGCUCCUUGAAAUAUAUGACCAAUCCAAUUAUCCGUUACGUCGAGCCCGCAUCCAUCUUAAGAUUUUGUCGACAAAUUGCGGAAAAAACAGUCGGGAAUUACAAAAUGCCGAGUUUGAACUUGAACAAAUUCUAGUCAACGGGUUUAUCAUUGACGGCACGAAGGAUGAGGGGUUUUCUAACUAUAUUGAUCAUUACAAAACAAUAGUGAGCAUUUCAAGGGAGCUCAACAAAACUCAACCUUGCCUUGAACGGCUAGUAGAGGGGCUAACCGCUUGGUCUUUGCUAGCCAGUAAAUGCCAAAGCCACGAAGAUCUAGGGGUAAAAGUUGACGAUAUAGCUGGAUUAUUCGCAAUCUUACACACCAUUGCAGACUGGCUCCAGGUACAUGGUUAUGGCAAUACACGAGUUACAGCCCUUCAUCUUAUUUCUGAGAUAACCCAGGUAUGCGAGGCUAUAGUUAAUUCAGAUGAACUUGUCCUCAAUUUUACGGCUCUGGGGCAGCAAUGGCUUCGUCUUGGAUAUUGUGGUAAGGCCGGACUUGCUCUGGAACAAGCUAAGACAUACGCGCAGAGAAGCGACGUAUCCUCUUAUGCCCACCUCAGAUUACAAAUAUCUACUUGUGAAUACCUGCUGUCUAAAGGAAAUUUAACAGAAGCUGAAAGUAGUCUAAACAAAGCCCAGGCACUGUAUAUUCAGAGCGAAGAUCAUCUACCUCGAUCGAGAUGUGCAUCAUCGUUAGAGCAGAAAAUUAAAAUUAACUUGCUUAUAUCUGACGCUUAUGAUAUUUAUUCUAAGGUUGCCCUCCAUCGUGGACUCUCCCAAGUUGCUCUUAGCCAUGGAAAACAAUGUGUACGUCUACUACGUCGUGCUUGGUCUAUAAUUGAAAAUUACACAAGCCACAAUGAGCAAGAAAUCAAUCAAACCCCUAGUGGGGAAGUUGAAGAUCUAGCCUCGAAGCUAUCAAACUUAAGUUUAUCAAGUCCCUCUAUAUCAGCAGAUUCUCUAGAAAGUAUUCAGGACUAUACGAGCUUUUGGGCUAUCAUUACGCCGCUAUUUGAUAGUCUUUGUUGCCUCUCUUCACUCUUUGCGCAUCACGGAAUGUUCCAAGAAACAUUAUAUUAUGCUGAACAAGCACAUAAGCUUGCAAAACAGGUCCGGUCGGAAGUUUAUCUCGCCACAUCUUCCAAUUUGCUAGGAAGCAUCUGGCUCAGAGGGGGUGACUUUAACAAAGCAACCAAUUUUCUUAUGGAAGCCAAAAAAUGCCUUCCCACGAUCGAGAAAAGUAAAGACUUAGCCCUUCUUAACUAUAAUUUCGGGAAAAUGUAUGGUCUAACCGGUGAUAUUGAUGCUGAGAUAAUUGCAUACAACGACGCUCUUGCCAUCUUGAAUAAUUUGACUACGAUGAAUCAUAUUUUGAGUUUGGAGAAAUUCACCGACCCUGUAGAUGAAAUAAGUAAACGUGUGAUAAAGUUGUGUCAGCCAACUAAAAGAACUGGAAGGACCAAAAAAACAGUCAUGGUCUCUAAAAUCUCCACGAGGGGAAAGGCAGCCACUCAAGCUAAAUCUGCAACGGACACUUCGCAAUCAGUAGCUAUUGAAUGUCCUAAUUUAUUGGCAUUACAGUCUCAUAUUCUACGCGAAAAAUCACGGGUUCUCUUGCUACAAAAAAGAUAUGUCGAUGCGUCUGCCUUGCUUCAACAAGCAGAAAUUACAAUUACUUCAACCGACAUCAUUAACCACGGAUUUGCAUUAGCCAAACACUUGUUAAUUCAAAGCCUCGAUCAGAUAGUUUCAGAUCCUGUUUAUUCGAUCUUGCAAGAUUCAACAAUUUCGUUUCCAGCUGUGCUAAUGGCUUCUAGAUAUGAUAGGAAUGGUGAUAAAUUGACCGUCAACCUUUUGUCUCCCACAAGAAAAGGUAUCAACACAAGAAGUACUAGUGUCCGCCUAAAUACGAAUAACCCUUCCUCCGACAGCUUUUUUGAGAAGCUUCGCCGUGCUCAGGAUCACUUGAAAGAACCCCUGGCAAACGCUCUUAUAGUUUCGCCUAUCGCUACUGUCUACGUCAUGUCACACUUGCUGAACACUAUUGCAAUUUUGUUGUCUACAGCAAAACCAUUGAAGGGACAGAUUGUUGCACAUCCGGGUCUCUCAAGCUUUUUUGUCGAAAUGGCUAGAAACCUUGCUCUCAAAAGGGAACAAAGCGCAAUAAAAUCCGACCCUCUAACUAUCUACAAGUUAGAUAAAUCAUGCUGGCCGCAGCUAAAACCUACUGAUCUCAGAGGAUCUCGGCUGGAAUUUAAUGAUGACAAUCUCACUCAUUUUGGACGUGAGUAUAUAGAUAUUAUUCCCAAGUCUUGGACUGUUAUCUCUAUCUCACUUAGUGAAAAUCAACACGAACUUUCUCUCACUAAACUACAAGCCUGUCAAAGCCCCUUCAUACUUAGGCUGCCACUUGGGAGAAAUAAUUCUAUUGAUGCUGACGAAGAAGUUUUUGGAUUUGAGCAAGGACGUGCGGAAUUGAGAGAGAUUGUUCGACUCGCUAAUGAAUCAGCUCAUGAUGCUGGAAACCGCAUAGACCGAAAAUCAAAACUAAUGUGGUGGGAAGAGCGAGAAGCACUAGAUGCACGCAUGUGUGCACUACUAACCAAUAUCGAAAAAGUAUGGCUCGGUGGGUUCAGAGGCAUAUUUUCCCAGCACGUGAGACGGCCUGACCCACUAGCACGCUUUCAAAAAUCUUUUCAAAAUAUCCUUGAUAAACACCUGCCAUCUCGUCAAAAAACAAAAAAGCGAAGCUCGGCUCCACGGGUCGGUCUCGACUCUCGAAUUCUAGACCUUUUCGUUGGAUUGGGCGAUGCAUCCGAUUCAGAGUGUGAUUUUUCAGAACCAUUAACCGACUUGCUCUAUUUUGUCGUCGACGUUCUUCAAUUUCAUGGGGAGCUGAACGCUUAUGCUGAAGUAGAUUUCGAUAUGAUUGUGGUAGAAACGACUGAUGCCUUGCGCUGUUACCACGAAGCUAUUCGGGCUUCUGAUUUUGACGAUGAGCCUCAGCAUACAAUUUUAGUUCUGGAUAAAGCACUACACUCCUUCCCAUGGGAAUCUCUACCUUGCCUUGACGGUCUUGCUGUAUCACGCUUACCUUCCCUCGCAUCUCUACGCGAACGAAUAAUUUGCCAACAAGAUGACAUAAGAAACGACAAGUCCCUAGCUCAUUAUGUUGAUCGAGAAAAGGGCUCAUAUAUCCUUAAUCCCGGCGGUGAUCUGAAACAUACAUUGAGUACUUUUGAAGGUAAACUUCAAAGUUUAGACGGAUGGAAGGGUAUCACAAAUCGCGAGCCUUUGGAAGAGGAAUUUAGAGAUUUCCUACAAAGCACAGAUCUAUUUCUGUACUUCGGGCAUGGAAGUGGAUCACAAUACAUUCGAGCACGAGAAAUCAAAAAGCUGUUAAGCUGCGCUGUCACAGUGCUAAUGGGGUGUAGCAGUGGAGCUCUCGUUGAGACAGGUGAGUUUGAGCCAUAUGGUCCACCUAUGAACUAUGUGCACGCUGGGUCUCAUGCUAUCGUGGCAACUCUCUGGGAUGUCACCGAUAAAGAUAUUGACCGGUUUGCACAGAGCACAUUUGAGCACUGGGGCCUAUUCUCUGCAUCCACUCCCUGCAGAAGUGGGUUACAGGACCAUCAAAGAUCGGCAGGAAGUGCGCCGAAGAUGUCUCUCGUCGAAGCCGUUGCUAGGGGAAGAAAAGCUUGUACAUUACGGUAUUUGAAUGCUGCGGCCGUUUGUGUUUACGGCGUUCCGGUUUAUUUGCAUGACUGA